AAAUUCAACAAAUUAAAGUACUAAUUGCUUGAAUAUCCAGCGUAUUCACCAGAUUUUCCCGCAUCCAGAGUAUUCUCCAGACAUGGCACCGUGGGAUUACCAUCUCUUCCGGUCGAUGCAACACGCACUUACGGACAUACACUUCUCCAGUUACAAUAAAGUCCAAAAAUGGGUGGAUGAAGACCCGCGUUUUACAGUCGUGGGAUUGCCCUGUUGCCGGAGAAAUGAGAAAAAGUAGUAGAAAAUGAAGGAAAUUACUUUGCUUAAGGUUCAUUCAUCUUCCCUUCGAAACAAAUCAAUUUUGCAGACGAAAAACGGCACCAAUUAUGGCCGCUGCUGACCAAUUACUCGUGAUUCACCGUAAUAUAUGCAAGGCGACCUUCUACACGAAGGUGUUGAUCGAGCCUCAAUACCGCAUCCGCGGCAGUUUUGCGUUGACUGACUUCGAGAAUGAAAAUCGCUUAACGGAAGAGUGUGCAGAUAUGAACACGAACGCAGCAUUGUCGGCAAUUUUGCCGUUGCUUGUUUUACUACCGUCAUCGUCUGCACGCUUUGAUUAUCCUGUUGAAGUAGAUUGCGGCAAAUAUACGAAACACGACGGAAAGGUAAUCGUAAAUGGAGUCGAGGUUAAAUCGGAGGUGUCCCCUUGGCAUGUCCUUAUCUAUUUUAAAGAAAAGAACAUGACAUACAUUCAGAUAUGCAGUGGUUCUCUCAUCAACGACAAUUUCGUCAUCUCAGUGCAUCAGUGCUUCUACGACGAGGAUUCAAAAAGUGCUAAGGACGCAUCGAAUCUCGUUGUGGCAGCCGGCAAACGUUAUCGCGCCUGGGAUGCCGACGAGCAAUACAGUCAGAAAUCGUUGGUGGAAAGUAUCGUAGUGAGUGAUAUCUUCUCGGACAUAGCUCUAUUAAAGCUAAAAACGCCGCUUGAACUAAACAUGUUGGUGCGUCCCAUUUGCAUCCAUUGGGAAAACGAUGUUGGAGAUAUGGUGCUGCAACGGGGACUUGGCAAGAUGGUUGUAUGGAAUAAAAACAUCAACGACCAACAUAACCAGACUAUGUACGAAGUUGAUAUGAUGUACAUGUCGAGAAGGCAAUGUGUGGCUAAGAGCCCUGUAGAUCUUAGCCAAUUUACAAAAUUUGGCAUAAGAUGGGAUAGGUACUGCGCACGCCGUUUGAACGAUUCAAACGUCUGCAAUGAAGAUGGCGGUAGCGGCCUAUAUGAACAGAUAGGAGAAGAUUGGUAUCUUCAUGGUGUCGUCCAAAUGAGUGACAAAUACGGGAAUAUCGAUCGUUGCGCUUACAAUAACUCAUUUGUUGGAUUUUCUAUCAUCGGUCACUCCGUCCAUCACAUGGUUAGGGAUCUUAAGGGAACGUAUACGUAAACGUGUAGAAGGACAUCGGUUGUUCGAUGCAUGAAAUAUGUAGCCGGUAUCGCAUCAAGUUUACAAUUAUGCGGGAUAAAUGGAUGUGAUGUAUGAAUGACAUACAUUAACAGUGACAAAAGCCUAAGAAGCAACCAUUGUAUUGAGUCUUUCUCUACAUACUCCGGCAAUGUGGAGAUGGAGAGAGGCGCUCAAAUGCGAAAUAAGAAUCGAAGAGAAUGCAGACCGGUUUCUUUUUUCCACUUGAUAUUUAAGUAUUGCUAAAAGAUAAUCAACAUGUCAAAGCCACUUUUAAUAAAUUUCUCUUACCUCAU